AUGGAAGUUUUCUCCCUCAUCUUGGUUGUGUCCGUCUGGUGGACUCGAACCUGGGAAGCGGCGAUUGCAGAUUCAAUCAUACAUAUAGGGGCAAUUUUUGAUGAAUCUGCCAAAAAGGAUGAGGAGGUGUUUCGUAUGGCAGUUGCUGACCUCAACCAGAAUGAUGAAAUCCUACAGACAGAGAAAAUCACAUGUUCUGUUACAUUUGUGGAUGGCAACAACCCAUUUCAGGCAGUUCAAGAAGCAUGCGACCUUAUGAACCAAGGCAUCCUGGCCCUUGUCAGCUCCAUUGGCUGUACGUCGGCGGGAUCCCUGCAGUCCUUGGCAGAUGCCAUGCACAUCCCUCACCUCUUCAUCCAGCGUUCAACAGCUGGGACUCCAAGAAGUGGCUGUGGCCUCACCAGGAGCAAUCGAAAUGAUGACUACACACUGUCUGUCCGCCCACCCGUCUAUGUAAAUGAUGUUAUAUUGAGGGUGGUCACGGAAUACGCCUGGCAGAAGUUCAUUAUUUUCUAUGAUAACGAGUAUGAUAUCCGUGGAAUACAAGAAUUUUUGGACAAAGUAUCUCAGCAGGGAAUGGAUGUAGCACUGCAGAAGGUAGAGAAUAACAUCAAUAAAAUGAUCACAGGGCUCUUUGCCACCAUGCGAAUAGAAGAACUGAACCGCUACCGGGACACUCUGAGACGGGCCAUUCUUGUAAUGAACGCAUCGACAGCCAAGUCCUUCAUUACAGAGGUUGUGGAGACUAAUUUGGUUGCUUUUGACUGUCACUGGAUCAUUAUAAAUGAGGAAAUAAAUGAUGUGGAUGCGCAGGAGCUAGUGAGAAGGUCAAUUGGAAGGUUAACAAUUAUUCGACAGACAUUUCCAGUCCCACAGAACAGCAGUCAACGCUGUUUCCGUGGCAACCACAGAAUAUCUUCAUCACUGUGUGAUCCGAAGGACCCUUUCUCCCAGAACAUGGAGAUUUCGAACCUCUACAUAUAUGACACUGUGCUUUUGUUGGCUAAUGCUUUUCAUAAGAAGCUAGAGGACCGGAAGUGGCACAGCAUGGCUAGCCUGACUUGUAUCAGAAAGAAUUCCAAACCUUGGCAAGGAGGGCGAUCCAUGCUGGAUACCAUCAAGAAGGGUGGAGUGAAUGGCUUGACUGGAGAACUGGAAUUUGCAGAAAAUGGGGGGAAUCCGAAUGUCCAUUUUGAAAUUCUAGGGACCAAUUAUGGAGAAGAUCUUGGCAGAGGCAUCCGCAAGCUUGGCUGCUGGAAUCCUCUCACUGGUCUGAAUGGGUCACUAACAGACAGAAAACUGGAGAAUAACAUGCGUGGGGUGGUUCUGCGUGUGGUGACUGUGCUGGAGGAGCCAUUUGUGAUGGUGUCCGAAAAUGUUUUGGGAAAACCGAAGAAAUACCAGGGUUUCUCAGUAGAUGUCUUGGAAGCCUUAGCUAAUUACCUUGGCUUUAAAUAUGAAAUUUAUGUUGCACCAGAUCACAAGUAUGGAAGCCCCCAAGAGGAUGGGUCAUGGAAUGGACUGAUCGGAGAACUAGUAUUUAAGAGAGCCGACAUAGGGAUUUCUGCUUUAACCAUUACCCCUGAUCGGGAAAAUGUGGUAGAUUUCACAACCCGUUACAUGGACUACUCAGUGGGUGUGCUGCUUCGAAAGGCUGAGAAGACAGUGGACAUGUUCGCCUGUUUGGCACCAUUUGACCUCUCCCUGUGGGCCUGCAUAGCUGGCACUGUGCUUCUGGUAGGACUACUGGUCUACCUUUUGAACUGGCUCAACCCACCACGCCUGCAGAUGGGAUCAAUGACUUCUACAACACUGUACAACUCCAUGUGGUUCGUUUAUGGAUCCUUUGUGCAGCAAGGAGGAGAAGUUCCUUAUACGACACUGGCAACGCGAAUGAUGAUGGGCGCCUGGUGGCUUUUUGCUUUGAUUGUCAUCUCAUCUUACACAGCAAACCUAGCAGCUUUUCUCACAAUCACUCGCAUUGAGAACUCCAUCCAGUCUCUCCAGGAUCUCUCCAGGCAGACGGAUAUUCCUUAUGGCACUGUCUUGGACUCUGCAGUCUAUGAGCAUGUUCGAGUGAAGGGGAUGAAUCCUUUUGAGAGGGACAGCAUGUAUUCUCAAAUGUGGCGGAUGAUUAACAGAAGUAACGGCUCAGAGAAUAAUGUGCUGGAGUCACCAGCAGGCAUUCAGAAGGUGAAAUAUGGGAACUACGCCUUUGUGUGGGAUGCAGCAGUUCUGGAAUACGUGGCCAUCAAUGACCCAGACUGCUCCUUUUACACAGUUGGGAACACUGUCGCAGACAGGGGAUAUGGAAUUGCACUCCAGCAUGGCAGCCCCUACAGAGACGUCUUCUCGCAAAGGAUUUUAGAACUUCAGCAAAAUGGAGACAUGGAUAUACUGAAGCAUAAGUGGUGGCCAAAGAAUGGUCAGUGUGACCUAUACUCAUCAGUGGAUACCAAACAGAAAGGAGGUGCCCUGGACAUAAAGAGCUUUGCAGGGGUGUUUUGUAUCCUGGCUGCUGGGAUUGUCCUCUCCUGUUUCAUUGCAAUGCUGGAAACAUGGUGGAAUAAAAGGAAAGGCUCCCGGGUUCCAUCAAAAGAGGAUGACAAGGAAAUUGACCUGGAACAUCUUCAUAGACGUGUUAACAGCCUCUGCACAGAUGACGACAGCCCCCAUAAACAGUUUUCCACCUCAUCAAUUGAUUUGACCCCACUGGACAUUGACACUUUGCCCACACGCCAAGCAUUGGAGCAAAUCAGUGACUUCAGGAACACUCAUAUCACUACGACAACCUUCAUACCAGAACAGAUCCAGACUCUUAGCCGUACGCUGUCAGCUAAAGCCGCUUCUGGUUUCUCCUUUGGCAACAUGCCUGAGCACCGAACUGGCCCUUUUAGGCACAGGGCACCUAACGGGGGCUUUUUCAGAAGUCCUAUCAAAACAAUGUCAUCUAUCCCAUACCAACCAACUCCUACUCUGGGGCUCAAUAUCGGUAAUGACCCAGACCGAGGCACCUCCAUAUGAGCUUCAGACCAAGUUUCUUCAUUGUUUCUUUUAGGACUCCCUUUGCAAGGAGCAGCUGUAAUAUUAUGGGACUAACAUGGAUGUAACUUUUUUUUUAAAAAAAAAUCAGGAUUCUUAGUAACAACUCACUAUUUCUCCUUCUGUCCCCUGCUUUCUCUGUCUCCUCCUCUCCUCUUGUCACCUGUUUCUUUAAAAAAAAAGAAAUCCCACUAGUUUUAUAUUAGUACACUUUUCAUAUACUUUAAGUAUAGGAAAUGUGCACUGAUUAUGCAUCAAAGAUAGAGGGUUAUUUCACAGAAGGGCGUU